AUGGAAGUGUCGCGACCGAGGCGCUAUUUCGCUCUGCACUACAUAAUAUUUCGAGUUUUGGGCCUUGGCUGGUGGCAUCACCCCGACCAAAAUGACACGCGAAACUUUCACGGAUGGUACCUUUACUACUCCAUAACAACAGAGCUUCUUUGCGUGGUGGGUUUCGUUAUCCUGGAGACGAUAGAUCCCUUUAUCGGCGAAAAGGAUAUGGACAUGUUCAUGUUCAACCUGUCGUUUGUGAUUACGCACAACUUGACACUUAUAAAGGUAACUGAUGCAACCCAUUUAAAUUUCGAAGACGCAACUGUUAAUACGGAAAUAUUAGUAAUCAAAUACAAAACCGAAAAGCAAAUUGAAGAAGCUCUAGAAGAUGUGUUAAAAAGCUGUUUUAAGCAACAUCAACUACUGACUAGUUGCGUGGAAAAAUUCUCGUCGACUUAUUCCUACGGCUUCAUGAUCCAACUGCUGUCUAGCAUGGGGGCAAUUUGCGUCGUCAUGGUACAAAUUUCGCAAGAUGCAUCCACCUUCAAGUCAACACGUUUAAUAACAUCUUUUGCUUUCUUCUUCGCGAUGAUCAUACAACUUGCCUUACAAUGUUUCACCGGGAAUGAGCUUACUUACCAAGCUAGUCAAGUGGCGGAGGCCGUAAUGCAAUGCAAAUGGGAGCGUAUGCCGCCGCGGCUUCGUGCACUGCUCAUUAUGACCAUGAUACGUGCCCAAAGACCCCUGCACCUCAAUGCCGCUGGCUUUGCUAAUAUGGACAAUGAAUGCUUUGUGUCGACCACCUGCCUA